GUAUUUUUUACAAAAUGACAUAUUCGAAAAAAUAUAGAGAGUAAAUUUUGAAAAUGAGUAAAUCAGUAAAGGAGGAAUUAACAGAUUCAUUUCGUGAAAUUGCAGCGUAUGCUUUAAAACUAAAAAAUCCAUAUGAUAGAGUACGUUGUUUACAAUGGUUAAGAAAAUUAAAUGAGUUGCCAGAUUCUGGUGAUGCAAGUAUGUGUAUUAAAAAUCAGUAUGUUCAAUUUUUAAGAAUUCAAGUAAAAAAUGGUCAUAUACAUGGUAUUUUUAAAAAUUCCCCACCAAUACAAAAUAAUCAAAUUGUGCCAUUAGCUAAAUGUUUAGGAAAUUACAUUUUUAAAAAGGUUCCAUACCUACCUAAAAAUGAAUCAAUUGCACCAAUUUUAAAUCACAAAUCAUCCGACGGAAGAGCUUACAUUAAUUGCAAACAGAUACCAGGUGGUGGGAUAUUUUGUUAUUUAACUGUAUCCCCCGAUUGUUUAAAUACAUCAUAA